AUGAAUGACCCAUCGAAGAACGUAAGUCAAGAUUUAGAUUUUAGUGGGGGCUUUAGGCGAUGUAAAAGACGUAAAAGUGCAAAAAAGGGCGAAUAGAUGACGAAGGAACAAUUUUUCCCUUUGUAGCCUACAAUUGUAGGUGUCAGAGGACGAUCUCGAAAAACAAUACGAAGACUACCGUGCCCAAUUCGAGUUAUGGAAGGAAAAUAAUAAGUGCUGACAAGCUAAUUUCAUUUUCAUUUUGCUUCUUCUACUAGGUCAUCAAUCGGAACAGAUGCCUAUAAUUCAUACGUCAGCCAAUUCGAACAAUGGGAAAAGGAGGUCGAAGCGAGAAAAAAACAGGUAAUUGUGAGCGUAUGAAUUUAUAGUAUUACCCUUAUUCCAGCAGAAAACUCAACGGAAAGGUGUUCCUCAGCUUUUGAACGAAAAAGAAGCCGAAGCUGUGGCAGCAUAUGCACUGUCCCAAGAAGCUUAUGUUUCGCAUCAUGUUAAAGCAAUGGAGCAAGCAGAGAUGCAACAACGCUUCGCUGCGGCUGCAGCUCGUCAACAACUUGCUAAAAAAAUAGCAGUGCGUCAAACAGGUGCACUAUUUUUUUCAAAUUAUUUUUCUCCGGCUCAAUUCAAACGAGGCAAUUUCUCUGGGAACUCGAUCGCAAUCUAAUUAGAAAACUUUGCAAUCUAAUACGAACUCGUUGGAAAUAGAAUUUGCUUCAAUUAGAUUGCAAAAUCUUCUAAUUAGAUUGCAAUCACUGCAAUGUUUUCUAAUUAGAUUGCAAUUUUUUCUUAUUAGAUUGCAAUUCAGGAAAAAUAUAUUGUAAUCUAAUACGAUUUUACUGGAACUUCAAUUAAAUCUUAUUAGAUUGCGAAAUAGAGCUUUUUCUUAUUAGAUUGCAAACUCUUCUAAUUAGAUUGCAAUCGAGUUUCCAGAGUUGCAAUUCGCAAAAGGCGCGCCUGCGGCGCACGCGAUGGGGGUUCGGUUUUGUCUGGUCCGUCGUUCUUUCUGCUGCUCUCGCUGGACAUCCGAAAAGACAGACAGAUGCCUCUUGCAAGAAAAAAGUUAGACAGACGCCUCUUUUAUAUAUAAGAAAGAUAUAUAAGAAAGAUGCUCGGAACCGUUUUUAUCACUCCGUAUUGCAAACCGUACCCAUUUAGCACGCGGGAGAGUCUCUACGCAGCGAUAAAAUAUGGGCGAGAAAUUCAAACCAUGUUCACAAAUGUUCGCCGUGUAGGGGCUUUUUCUGAAAUCUCAAUGUUCUCAAAUCAGGCUGGAGUAAGCGAGCACCAAGAAGGCAAGAAUGUUGAAUUGCGAGUAAUGUGAUUAUCGUUUUUCAGGCGACAAUCCUGCUACAUCGGAAUUGUUCAUGCGUGGUAUGGUAAGCGGAAAUGAGAGUGGAGCUAUGCCUACCGGUACUUUAAGAUUUCUAAAAAAGGAGAAAAUUUACUAAUUUCACAUUCCAGCUAGCUUAACUCAUACGGCAGCUCAGAACUUCCCUGCGCCCCCUACGUUGUGGGGAGCUCCAAAACCCAUUUAUGACACCAGAGUAAGUUAACUUGUAGCCCUCGAAAUAUGGUACAUUGUUUGCAGGAUUCGUUGUACUCCAGGUGGGGAGUGCGCGCAGCAACGUCUCACUUCAAACCCGACCGGGAACAACCAGUGGUGAAUGAAUUCUCGCAAAUUUUCAGGAAAAAACACCUAAUUUUUUCUUGAAAAAAAUGGAGAGUUAAUAUUGUGGGGUACCGGAAAGAAAGGGCACUCUGUUCGCAAUCUGGCCGAAUUUCUGGGUCGCGAAGUAAUUUUCCACUGAAAACGUGGCCUAGCUUUUAAACUCGGCCCGGGGUCACUCAAUUUGCACUGCAAAACGAGUUUCUCAACAGAGCGCAAUUUCUAACCGGUGCUCCUACAAUAACAGUUGGUCGUAUUUCUGGCAUUCAGUGUGACUUUUAGAGAUGACAUUUUCAAAAAUCUUUCUUAUAUAUAAAACACAAAAGGCGUCUGUCUGUCUCUCGCUGAGGGCAGCAGAAAGAAAGACGGACCGGACAAAACCGAACCCGCGCCGCGUUUUUUUCCCACUAAGCCACCAGCGCAUCAUACGUUAGCUCCUGUUGUCAAUCGCAACCGCCAACUCCUUUGUCCGAAGCUGCCAAUUUGGCUUAAAUUAUUUCAGACUUGCCAAAUCCGGGCCGGCCCGGCCCGGCCCGGUUUUGGCCGGCCAGCAAAUCGUCGGCCCGGUCGGCCCGGAAGUACACCUCAAACCAAUUUUUGUAGCGAAAAAGUGGAAAACACGCGCGGAAAAGUCUUUGAAAGCUCGAGAAACUUGCGAAAAGUCGGUUCUAGGGUUGCAAUUGCACGCUUAAGCUAACUUUAAAACAAAAUUUUCGAAAUUUUUUUUUAUUUUCGGGAAUUUUUUUUUACAAACACAAAUUUUUGAAUCUCCCGGGCCAACCGGGCCGGGCCGGGCCGGAGAAUUUCCAAUUUUGGCCCGGCCCGGCCCGCCCGUUGCAAGUCUGAAUUAUUUUGUGCCAAUUUCAAUGAUUUUUCACUCCUGUUUUUGACCAAAAUGAAUAACUGGCGCACUGAAUUUUGUCGGAAUUGGGUGGGCCCAAAUUGGCAAUUUUGAACGGCGAAGAGGCGGUGGUUGGCGGUAACGGAACGUUGACAUCAGGAGUCCGCAAACACCGCAAACACCGUGGAAACAAGACUCACACUGUAAUUGACACUUAAUUGACAGUAAGCCUAACCUUAACGAUCUUGUUUCAGAAUCCCGUAGCUUGUUGGCUGCUACUUGAUACUCUCCGGGACAAGAAAAUGGUACUCGCACCUCAUUCAAGCAAUCUUCCGCCUUCUGCUACUUAA